AUGGGCCCCGCCACCAUCGCCGCGAGCUUCCUCCUCUUUCUGGCGUUUCAGCUCCCAGGGCAAACCGGAGCGAACCCCGUGUAUGGCUCUGUGUCCAACGCAGACCUGAUGGAUUUCAAGAACUUGCUGGACCAUUUGGAGGACAAGCUGCCUUUAGAAGAUGAGGCUGUGCCCCAACAAGUACUAAGUGAGCAGAAUGAGGAAGCUGGGGUCCCUCUCAGCCCCCUUUCUGAGGUGCCUCCCUGGACCGGGGAGGUCAACCCAGCCCAGAGAGAUGGGGGUGCCCUUGGGCGGGGCCCCUGGGAAACCUCCGAUAGAUCUGCCCUCCUGAAGAGCAAGCUGAGGGCACUGCUCGCUGCCCCUCGGAGCCUGAGGAGGUCCAGCUGCUUCGGGGGCAGGAUGGACAGGAUUGGAGCCCAGAGCGGACUGGGCUGCAACAGCUUCCGGUACCGAAGAUAA